AUGCCUUCCCUCAAGACAGCUCUUCUCUUGAGCGCGACCUCCCUGAUCUCGACCGGCUCGGCCCUAGGAAUUAACUGUCGUGGCUCCGGCCUUUGCACCUUUGCUACCAUUGAGAACCAUUCUGGGACGAAUAUCGUGCAGCUCUGGCACGACGUUCUCAACACGACCACCGUCGAUGGGGGCACGACGUAUUCCAACGGCGACCACGUCGUUUGCAUCGGCAGCUCGGCCUCCAUCACAGUGGGUGCCGAUGUAGGGGCCGAAUUUGGCGGUGCUUCUGGGUCUCUGAGCCUGUCAUCCAACGCCAACAUCGGGACCGGCGGUGUCUGUCUGUUCCCGCAGAACAUGGCUGACGGGGCGACUAUUACGCUGGAGUCGAUCCGCAGCCUCGUCGAUGCGCUUGGCGAGCAUGGAUGCACGACCUGUGGCUCGGUUCCCAUUCACUAUGUGGACCAGGGCAGCAACUCUCCGUCGGAUGGUAUCCUGACGUCCAACUAUGUUGGCAACCCGUUCUGUGAUGACAACUGUAUUACGUCUGUUGGAAGUACUUAA